AUGAAGCAAUCCAAAGCUAAAGCAGAUCUACUAAAGAAGUUUGCUGAUAAUCAAGAAGAAGACGAAAUAUUUGGUGAUGUUGAAUCAAUAGAUUUUAGUUCCAAUAGACUGAGACAACAACAACAACAUAGUAGUAAUAACAACAACAAUAACGAUGUUAAUGGAGUAGAUACUCUCAAGAUAAAUCAGUUGCACAUUAACAACCUGCCCCUGUUUCAACUAACUCCCAAGAACGAACUCAACUCAUCGUCACCACAACAUACAAAAUCAAGCAAGUCAAGUACAGGUAAGAAUAACAACGCCUCUAGAGACAGUAACAGCAGUGCUAAACGAAUAACAAGGGAUGCAUUAAGUGAAUAUAGUGAAGAAAAUGAUACCGAUAUAACAUCUGAGCUUUCACAAGAUGAAUUUGAAGGCUGGGAUGAAUGUUUUAGCAAGAAUCAAAGCAUAUAUCAACAAAUGAAUCAGCGAUUGAUUGCCAAGAAAGUGGCACAACAAAAGGAAGCAGAAAGAGAACAAAAGGAAUUACUUGAGUAUAAGCAGAAUCACGAGCAUGGGAUCAAGGAGGAUCCUAAUCGAACUUUAAAAUUACGUGAUGCAGUAGGAGUUGGAAGAGAAGGUUAUAAAUUGACCGCUACUAAUUUGAACAUGUUGGAUCACUUAGAAAAUGACAAAACGAUAAAUUAUGACUUUACGAGAGAUGAUAAUGAUCAGUUUGAAGAUGGGUUUGAUGUUGAUUUCGAAGAGAGUAUUCAAAAGAUUAAACAACAACAGCAACAACAGCAACAACAUCAGCGUCUAAACAUGGGUACGGUCCCAAAGCACGUUUUGAUCAAUAAACAAUCAAUGCCAUCAUUAGCCAAAAAUCACACAAACACAAUCAAGAAAUUCAAAUCAACAAUGGAUUUAACCGGUGAUACAUUACAUGAACCCCCACAAGAGCACCAGCACCCCCAGCAACAACCACAAGGUUUCAAUUUCAACAAUCGGGUGAUUAACAAACUUGAUCGCAUACCUUCAUUUUAUAACAAACCCAAAAUUCCGGAUCCAGAAUCACGCAUUCAAUUACUUGAUAAAUACGCUGAACGGAAAGAUAAAGAUAAAGCUAACGCAAAAGUCAAUGUGAGAGGUAAUACUAAAGGUAUCCAUACCAGUGAUCACCACCAGAAUCACCGAUACCAUCCACACAAGAAAAUGGGCCAUGUACGAUACUUGAAUGAAGGAGGAACAAACAGUAAUGGUGAAGCCUACAACAUAAUUCCACGAUCUAAGUCAAUGGUUUUCAACAAGGCACAAAACCGAUGGGAAGGAAAUGAAGUAGAUUUGCUUCGUUUUGAACAUAAACCAUCAUUGAUCACCUUGAAUGAGAUUAAACCAGCUCACAAAGAUACCAAUUACGAUGCUUUAAACGACGAUGAGUAUGAUGAUGAUUUCCCAGGCAAGAAAAGACAUGGAAACAUGUUGUAUGAUAAUGUUAACCUAAAAUGGAUCAAUUUGGAUCAAGAUGACGAGUAUAUCUUUGAUGACAUACCGGAUUUGAUUGAGCCUUUGGAAACUAUUCGUCAACAUCAUAACCAACAACAACAACAACAGCAUCAACAACAGAUGGUUCAGCAUUCACCAACAAGACCAAAACUUGGUAGUACGAAUACGGUUUACGUUCUUCAAUCACCAAUUUCAAGACGUGGAUUGAGCCAAUUUACUCAAAGGACUACUUCAUCUACAAACACGAUACCCACUCAACAGCAACAUCCAUCUAUGACGAGAUCGAAGUCUACAUUACUACGAUCACAAUCUUCAUUAUCUCAACAACAGCAACAUCAAUCAGCAAACGAUAAUGGAGCAAUGAUACCCCUCGUAAGUCAGAAAUUGAUAGACAAGUUCGCCAAAGAAGAAGCUAAAAUCAACCGCAAGAUUAACCAUUGGUUUAUUGAUGAUAAUAAUGAUGUUAAAUUGGAUUAUUAUUGGGAAAUAAGGAACUUGAUAAUGGAAAAUUAA